AUGCAAGUCCUUCGUGGGUCGUCAGGUGUCAUCACAAGUCCUAAUUACCCUGGCAAUUAUUACAAUAACCAUAGAUGCAGCUGGAAAAUUACUGGACGAUCAGGAGAUCGAGUGAAGUUGGUCAUUCAGGGUACGCAAAUAGAAGGUGGAGGUGGUUGUCCAUACGACUAUAUACAAAUUCAAAAUGGUUACUUACAGAGCAGCGGUUUAAAUCCUGGGAGAAUAUGUGGUUCCAGCGGAACAAUGACUCUUAUUUCAUCCCGUGAGACUCUUAUAGUGUAUUUCCGCACUGAUGGCAGUGUAACAAGCAGUGGAUUUAGGGCAAUCUACACAAUCCUACGUAACGGUAAGUAAUAACAACCUUAUCGGAUCUGCUCUGAUCACUUGUUGGUCCAAUGUCUUCCCUUUUUUGCUUAUACAAUGUUUUGAAAGAAAAUAAUCACAUCUACAAGAGCGUAUUUUGGUUUCUUUUGUUUUUCAUACAUGUAUGCUUUAUAAUAUAACUAUGUUUUUCGCUUAUUUUAUCAUCUAUCAUAACAGCUAGUUUUUUGCUCCAGAGAGGAAUUGGUGGUUUCAUUGUUUAGCAAGAUGAAUGGUGUUUAAUGGUGUGUUUAAUUUCGGGGGCCGCCCAAAUAAAUAAAAUUAACAUGAAGUUUGUUUUCUUAGAGUCAAUAACAAGAACAGAGUCAUUUUAUCUUUUAACCAAUGAUAAUGUUUUACAAUAUCGGAUGCCUUGCAUAUAGCUUUUAAGCUAAUUUACGUCGGACAAGACAAGACGAAGGCAAUGCCAAACACUCGGAUUACAAAAGGAAAAGAAAUACAAAGAAAGAAACACGCUUUCGCCACAGUAACAUGUAAAUUUCAAGUACAGUGAUUUGUUAUUUCAAUUACAGGUGUGUAGACUAAAAUUACCUCACCAUGGGUAGCCCUUAACUUCAAUGACCACUACGGGGGUGGGCCAGUUUUAUGGGUGUCUUGAGUUCGAGUCUCGUGAGUUUGUUAGCUUUUUCCGUUGUUUCACACCCAUGCAGCCUCCCAUGGAGCCUACUCCUAAGGGUGUCAUAACAGGUUUUCUCGCCACGAAAGUUCGUGGGCAACGAACGCGUUGCGGAGCCCUAAGAAUGUCUGUGUAAGAGGCUAACCCACAUGAUGAGAUGAGCGUUUUCGUCUAUUUCAAGAAAAAGAAUGUCAUCUUUCCUUUGAUUUUUGAUUCAACGAUUUGUUUUGUCUUCCAGCGUGCCCAAAUAUGGCGACCCUUACAGGGACGUCAGGCGUGAUCACAAGUCCUUUUUAUCCAGGAAAUUAUGGUAAUGGCCAGACAUGCAGCUGGAAAAUCACAGCAAGUAGCGGAAAACGCGUCAAGUUGGUCGUUAACGACAUGGACAUAGAACAGGGUGGAAGUAAUUGUGGCAAAGAUUAUUUACAAAUCCAAAAUGGUUUCUUAUAUGGUAGUGGUUUGUCUCAAGGACGAUUAUGUGGGACACGCCAUAGAAACUCGAUUUUUGCUUCUUACCGUGAAACUUUGAUUGUACGUUUUGUCACUGAUAGUUCCGGUCCGCGCCGCGGAUUUAAAGCAACAUACACACAGGUCGUCCCUGGCCGUAAGUAGCAAAAUCCUUGUUUUGAGAUUUGCCCAACACUGUCCAUUUAUGAAAGGAAAAGGCCAGUUCUUUAAUAGCUUGUUGAGGCUUGUCUGGAUAUUUUAUUGAUCUUAACCAUAAAUUGUAGAUCAAACUCUUUUGAGACUCCAGUUUUUAGGCAAUACUGCUUUCAGGGAGAUAUGCGCCAAUCCGUUCAAGGCAGAGCGCGAGCGCAUGUCACGUAAAAGCGAACACAUCAUUGAGGCCAGCUGGCGAUAAAGUGCCUAAGUUGAGGAUGAAGCGCAACUCCUCGCGUCGUCUUGUUCUGAAAACAGCCUAUGGCCGAGCCAAUUUUCUUCUUACAGCGAAAUUCGUUGUAUCGCGUAACGUGCUCGCCCAGCUUGGCUGAGAAUGACUCUAGACUGCUCAAGAAUAGCGAAGGGAAUCGCAACGGGAAGUGGAUUUUUUGUCGAAAAAAGGAAGCCGACGUUGCUUUAUUCUGGCAAGUGACAAGAAUGAGAAAGAUCAUAAAAAUCUGCGAAGCAAACUUAACUUGUCGAUUAUUGCCCGAAACAGGACGUUCACAAAGCAACGAACCUUGAAACACGUAACAAACAAAACGGAUCGAGAUACACCAAUAAAAAUCAAGAAUCACAAACCAUGACCUUUUGAACUUGUGCAAGUGAACAUGAAUUUCCUAAGAGGUCCGCUAAGAUGAUUGGCGGAACAGAAAAACCCAAAACAUGCAAAACGCACAGCGCGAUACAACGAAUUUCGCUAUAAUAACGUUCCGCGAGUCUUCCAGAAAACGGUCGCCAAUUUUCUUACCUUCACGUACAAUAAGAGGCUGCACAGGACAUAUUUUCUCUGCCAAUUUCAAAACUCGAUUGAAACUAGUAUAGAGCGCGUGGUUUGACAUCUUUUAGGAAGAGGAGUCUCAUAACUAGGAAGUCGGGAAUACACUAACACCGGUACCGCUGAUGUCAUGCGCAGAAAUCUCGUUACAUUCUAGCUAAAAUUGAAGUUGGAAUUAGACGCGGAUCACCCAUGUGGGUGUCAUGAGUUAGAGUCCCCUCAGACGUUAGCUUUUUCCUGUCUCACGUGCGUGCUGCCUUCUACGCAGACACUAGGGAACUUAAGAUAGAGACGUUUUCGGGGCGACGGCAACUUCAACCGGACGUGACAUCAUCAUUUGUUGGAUAUUGCGCAUGCUCGUGUUCACCACCUUGCCGUCGUGGUCCCGUCGGCGACGUGAAACUGGUCUGUUUGGCGUUGUGGCGAAAACGUUCGUAUUUAACUGUCAUUUCAUUUAGGUUUGUUGCGUUUAGCAACCAACAUUUUGCAGAUUAUCGUUCUUAAAUUGUCCUUGUUUUCUUUGAGGCACAUUUCAAGCUCGAUUUCCAAGCUCUGUUAUCUAAACUCUAUGUUUUCAUGUCACAGGGUCAAGAUCCAACUUGGCAAACAGCCAACCCUAAGUGAGCUUGACAUGGACAAAAUUUUCCUACGAGCCAAAUAAAAGUAUCCAGACAGAAAUAUGAACUCCGAUAUUUCAAUUGUGUGCUUUUAGUUCGCUCUUUUCGUUAGAAUAUCGUAUAAGUGAAACUCAUUGAAAAUUAUAUAGAAUAGUAGGUAAUACCAUGUACUAACUCGGCGUGGGAAUACUGAAAUAAAGUUCUUGCCGUUGUUGUUGUUGCAUGCAAGUAUUUCCCGGGAAUUAUUUCAAUACCAAACUAAGAAUACGGUUCCUUGGUAGCAUUUUAAUGUUCCUGUAAUUUGCAAGGCUUCGACAAGCCUGUGGAGAUCAUUUUUUUUUUCAACACGAAAUUCUGCCUUGAACUCAGCUGCAUCCCGCAUGUUUUUUAGCGUGAACGGUCGUAACUGUCCCGAGGAAAAUCGGGAUUUUUGGACUCAUAAUUUUCCCACAAAACGAGAAACUCUUCAUCCGAUACAUGUUGUCUGCAUAGCAAAUAUUUAUUCUUUUAAUCCUUUAUGUGAAGCCAUAUUUCCCUCUUCGGUAUUCUUCUAAUUAAAGGCGCCGUCCUUCUGAGUUCACUGCCAUCUUAACGUUCUAUUUUUGACGGGAAGCGACGGCUGCCUUAGUUCCAGGCUUUCUCUGCCAGUCCGGUCGCCGUCGCCCCGAAAACGUCUCCGUCUUAAGUUCCCUGUUAUCAGGGCUUCCUCAACGUGCGCGUGCGUGGCGAGUGUUUCUAUCUUUAUAUCAAGAUGAAAUGUAUCAGUCAUUCUUUCAUUUUUCAUGCAUUGAAGCAAUGAACUGUUUUAUCUAACAGCAUGUCCAAAUAUGGCAAUCCUGACAGGGACUUCAGGCAUCAUUAAAAGUCCAUUUUACCCAGGAUAUUAUGGUAAUGGCCAGACAUGCAGCUGGAAAAUCACAGCAAGCAGCGGAAAACGCGUGAAGUUGGUCAUUACAGACAUGAACAUAGAACUCGGUGGAAGUAAUUGUGGCAAAGACUAUAUACAAAUUCAAAAUGGUUUCUUACAUGGUAUUGGUGUGCCUCCUGGGCGAUUAUGUGGGACACUAACUAGCAACUCGACUUUCGCUUCUUACCGGGAAACGUUGAUAGUACGUCUUGUCACUGAUGGUUCUUUAACUCGCCGCGGAUUUAAAGCAACAUACACACAGGUUACACUUGGCCGUAAGUAGACAGAACCAUUUUGGUAAGGUUUUUGCACUGGUGUUCAACACUAUUCCUUACUAAAUUUAUGUAGUUACUACAGUUGCUGUGCACUACGUGCGUAUUGCUAUUAAGAAUAAAUUCACUCUAACAGUGAUUAUUCUGCGCAGAAUAAAAGCGAUUGCAGAAUUCUGUGUGUAAAAAGAUAGAUUUAUCAAUGUGGUAUUUUUCCUUACAGCACCAAGCGCACCACCAGCUAAUGUCCGAGGACACAACACAAGCUCUACCAGUGUUUGGGUAGAUUGGGACAAUGUUCCCCUCGCUGAUCAGAAUGGAAUUAUACUGAGUUACACGGUGACAUACACGGCAUUACCUAACGGCAGUCCAAAGAUGGCCGUAGUGAGUGCUCCAACCACUCAAGCCAGCCUGACCGGUCUGACAAAAUACAGAAACUAUAGCAUUACGGUCUUUGCCUCUAAUGCACAGGGAGAUGGAAAUAUCAGCCUACCUAUCAUAGUCCUCACAGACGAAGAUGGUGAGUAGUUAAUAGUGUCCUCGUGCAUGGUCGGAAGCUAAUUUCAGCUAGUAAAAAAAACACGUUGAUAAGUUUCGCAACUAACGUUAUUGAAAAAAAAAAAGGUCUGCAGAGGUCAGUAGGGUAAAGAUUUUACAAGUCUAAUUCGGUAAAAGUUUUACAAGCGUCAUUUACAAGUCGGACCGUUGCUCUUACAAACCUAGGGGAAACAAUUUUAGUAAAGAAAGUUACCAGUACAAAUAACAAGUGUCCGUCUUCGCUUGUAGUUACAAGUGUAGCUCCACACUUGUAUACAAUACGGUAAGUAUUUGAUUUAACAAAGCUUCUGCGGAAGCAUGAAUAGCUUAUAGUAUACAAGAGCUCAACUUGUAAAUCACAAGUGCAAGUUACAAGUCGCAAGUCACCUGAAAACAUCGAGGAAGCUCAUUGAAAAAAUGGCACAAAAGUUAGUCUAUGUAUUUCUGCAGUGAAGAAGAACUUGAUGAACUUUUAAUAUGUCGAAUAGUUCGCCAACCACAAACUUUUGCAAAAAUACGACCACUAGAAAUCGGAAAUCUAACGGAAUUCCGACAGAAGUUUCUUUUCCUUGAACAAACCUUUAUUAACAGGGCCGCAUGUUGAUCAUGGAAUGAGGCGCAACAGAGCUUUAACUGCCAGAUAAAAAAUAAAUUCUGAUAUUUUUUCGUUUCCUUGGAGCAAAUUCAAUCUAUCAGGUUAUGCACUCAUGUUGUGAUGUCUCAUUCUGCGUUGUUUCGGCAAUGUUUAGACCUUUAAGCGAGGGGAGUUAAUUUGAUGGACUGAUAACCCAUUCAAUGUUGCAGCUAAAUUCAGAGACAUAGCGGGCUUUCCCAAUGUAAAAGAAUGGGUUGAAAGAACUCACAUUCCUGUUAACCCACCAAAUUGCACGAAGACGCCUUCGUUAACCACCAUCCCACCAAAUUUAUGCCAAUGAAGCUAUGGUCGCAUGCCCAGAUUACACGAUCUAUUUCCGAUCAUAGUGUUAUUCACAGUAUAAAUCACGGGACAAAACGCCUAAAUCCAUCAAUUAGAAAAGAUUCCGCGAUGAAAUAGAAAGCUUGUGUGUAAAAAAAAUUUCUUCUAUCCAAUAAAAAGAAUCAUCGUUUAUUAUGUCCUCUUAUUAGUAAUAAAAAAGACAUAAGUAAGCUACACGUUUAAAAAAAGUAUACAAUAAUUUCGUACAUUUAUAAAUUGAUUUUUCGAUUUAUUCAUUCUUUUGAGACAGUGGGGUGUAUCGCUCUUAAGGAAGAAUAUCACUCUAACACUGACCAUUCCACGCAAAACAAACUUAACUGGAGAGUUGGAUCUGCGAAUCUUUUGACUUAUAAAAAUUCAUUUUGUUCUUUUAGAACCAAACGCACCACCAGAUAAUGUCCAAGGACACAACACCAGCUCGAACAGUAUUUGGGUUAACUGGGACAUUGUUCCUGUGGCUGAUCAAAAUGGAAUUGUUUUGACUUACACGGUGAUGUACACGGCGUUCCCUGGCGGUAUUCUACGGACGGCCAUAGUGAAAGCUCCAACCACCCACGUUACACUUAGAAGUUUGGAGGAAUACACAAACUAUAGCUCUUGGUGUUUGCAUCUACUGUGAAGGGAGACGGAAAUGCCAGCGAUCCAAUCAUUGUUACCACAGACGAGGACAGUAAGUUGCCAAAGUCCUUACGAUACUUAAUACUAAAACGAGGAAUAGGUAAACGUUGAAACGUUGAAGUUUGGAGGAAUAUGCAAACUAUAGCAUCCUCGUGUUUGCAUCUACUGUAAAAGGAGACGGAAAUGCGAGCGAUCCAAUCAUUGUUACCAAAGACGAGGACAGUAAGUUGCCAAAGGCCUUACGAUACUUAACAAUAAAUAAAGGAAUGCGUGCUCUUGGUAGUUAUAAUAUAUAGAUUUGGCCAGGGCUAAACGCGUAGCUCCAAUUAAUAAAUUUAUAAUUUAAAUCAAACAAUUGUAAUUAUCCACAAAUCAGCCAACUGGAGAGAUCCAUAUGACUUUAAAGGGUGGGGCUGGAUGAUUUUAGAGAAGAAAUAAUUUGUAAACAGCACAAACGUGAAACAACGUCUAAAAUCUUACAUCGAUGCGAGUUAAUAGUCUUAAAUGUACACCUAAAAAAUAGCAAUAAGCUUUGAUCACAGUAGAUUAGGCGAGAAAAACAAAUUACUCCCAAGCAAAAUAACCUAUUUGCCCACCUACACCACCUUUAUUUGAUAAGGGUAAUUGGACAGUCCCGAAAUAUAAUUUUAUGCUAUAAAGGCCGUUAAGAAACGAUACUCCUCGAUGGCAGACAAUUUACAAGUUCUGCCUUUUCGAUUUUACCUCUCUGUCUAAGAGAAAGGCCAAAAUGAAUUUUUUUUGUGUGACUCGCUACGAAUUUACAUUACAAAUCUGGUAGCGUGUAUUAACCAGCCUUCAUCACCUCUGCGAGGUAUACAGAACUAUCAGUCGUGAUGUUUGUUUAUCGUUCAGACCUCGGACAGAGAUUUAUUCAAUAUUCAGAACGAUCAAAGAGCGUGCUUCCCUUGCACAACAAGCUAUAAAACGCUUUUAUAUAGAGAAUUCACUUUUAGAAGGGACUGUACAGUCAGGUCAAUCUGCCAUUGUGUAGAAAUAAGGGUAAUAAUGGGCUUUGAGCAAAGACUUUCGAAAACUCUUAUUUUAAUUCAAUUUCCAAAAUCACCCGUUUGGUCAGCCACUUCUGAAUUUUCAGAAUUUUGCCAAGCGCCAAACUUGCAAUGCGGGCUGGCUGGUGUUUGAAUAAACAGUACCCGGAGAAUUACGCUUCGACAUAAAAGAAUUAUUUAUUUAAAAAAUCAAGCACACCUAGUAGGAAGAGGUCUCGGAAUAAUUUUAGUUCCGCAUUUUGAUUCUAAAACACAAGAAUCUUUUACACUAUUCAUACACGCAGCAUUUUGAGUACUCCUGCAUGCGAUUCUUGUACGGCUAAAAACAACCGGCAAAGCGAUAAGAAAGAGAUUUCAAAAACAAUCAAGACAGGGUAUGUAAUUCAAUGAAACAUUUAAAAGGACAACAAUUUUUAUUCACGAAGACAUAAUUUCAGAGUGACGUGUACCUGAAAAUCUUGAGUCAUGAAUAAAACCUUGCAGAUUUAAAUUAAUAUGAACUCGAGGCAAAAAAUAUCUUCAAAGCAUUCUUUUUACAACCAAUAUGAUAACUAAAUAUUCUUCAGAACGUUUUCUUUCUAGUCGCAGUCAGAAAAUGUCUAAAGACGUUUGAGGUUCUGUACCAGGUUAGAUCAUUGUCUGAAAUCUUACAAACGUGCGCAAAGUGACGGCAUAAAGAACGCUCGGCUUAAUGAAACCUAAAAAAACAAAAAAAAAAACAUCAGAUGCUAUAUUUUUACUUAAGCUUAAGCUAAGUCGAGGUGCAGCUCCUGAAAGCUAUCAAGUAAGAUCAGAAUCGCAAAAGACUUUUGAACCCUCUUAUGCAUCAAGGUGAAGUACAGAGAGAACCUUAUUAUUGAAAUGGGGGAUUUCCGAAUACUUUUUUGUCAAGCGGCGCAUUUCUCGACCAAAACCCCCCAAAACACGCCAGACAUAAAUUACAAAAGAUUCUUGAUAGCAGAUGUAUUUCAUAACGUAGAUCCAGUUUAAAAAGACGGUUAAAACACAAUAAGAUCAGACGACACUCAACUCUGUUAGCUUCAGCUAGAGUCUAUCAGUAAACAAGUUUCCAGAUGGUGCAUAAAUUGUCCACAUGAACUCACCUGUCAAAUUCUGACCAAUCUGGGAUAGGAAUGGGACGUACAGCGUGACCGACGCGUGGCGUUGCCUAAUAAAAUAGUAUUAAGGUGUAAUAUAGCAACAACAACAACAACAACAACUGACACCAAUUUCGCUGGAAGAAAAACACGAAAAUCUUAUAGCGACGGUGCGAAAAUGAGAAAUGUUAGCGGCCACUAAGGUGAAAAUGAGCGGCAGUGAAAAGCCAAUGUGAACAGGAACACAAACAUUUCCUUUACGGGUAACUACGACGUUUCUGGAAAUUUAUGUUUUACUCGUGCAAAACAACGGCAGGGAAAAGUACAAAAAAAGUGUGCUACACGUAAACGGCUGUUUUUUUUUUUUUUUUUUUUUUUCAAAUUAGUUCUAUUACUGUUGUUUUUUACCUCACUCGUUGUCUUCACCAUUUCUUCAGUAUUUAAAAAACGAUUUUAUAUUUUCUUUGAGUAAACUAUAAAUAUUGAAGCGAGCUACUUUUUUUGGCCCUGGCUAAAUCUAUAUAUGAACAUGAAUGAGCAAUAUCAUCCCACACUAGCUUACUUCCAACAUUUCUCGAAUGGAUAGAACCAAAUUUUCUCAGCCAUCUAGCAAAGUUAUAACAUACUCCUCCCUCGAAGGGAUGACACCUGACUCCCUUCCCUCUCCCUCACAGUUUGUACGGUCAGCGUUCAUUCGUACGCCGAGUCAUUACUAGAUAGAUUGCCAAAUUUUCUUAGCUAUGGGGCUCUGAUCGCGAGGCCCGCAGAGCUUCGCUAAAAAGGUCAAAGUACUAGCUUGAAGUUAAAACAAAAAAAUAUACAAGAUAGAAUUUUGGACAUUUUUUUUAGACAGAAGGGUCUAGCGCUCUUUAGGAACAAUAUCACUCUACCAAACAAACAAACUUGACUGAGAGUUGGGUGUGCGAACCUUUUAAAUUAUAAAAAUGCAUUUCGUUGUUAUAGAACCAAGCGCACCACCAGUUAAUGUCCAAGGACACAACACAAGUUCAACCAGUAUUUGGGUAGACUGGGACACUGUUCCUGUGGCUGAUCAAAAUGGAAUUAUACUGACUUACACGGUGACGUACAUGGCGUUCCCUGGCGGCAUUCCAAUGACCGCCGUAGUGAGUGCUCCAACCACCCACGUCACACUUAGCAGUUUGGAGAAAUACACAAACUAUAGCAUCUUGGUGUUUGCAUCUACUGUAAAGGGAGAUGGAAAAGCCAGCGAUGCAAUCAUUGUCCCCACAGACGAGGACAGUAAGUUGUCAAAGGCCAUACAAUACGUAACAAUAAAAAAGGGGAGGAUGUCCUCUAAUUUAUUACAAAAAGCUGCUUAAGUAGCUAAAAGUUAAAACAAAAAGUGUAAAAGUUAAAUUUUGUACAUUUCUUAUUCUUUCUUCAUUUUUUGAGGACAGUGGGGUUGUAUCGUUCCUUAAGAAAGAUAUCACAAUAACAAUUCCGCGCCAAACGAACUUGACUGGUGAUUCGGGUGUGCGAAUCUUUUAAAUUAUAAAAAUGCAUUUUGUUGUUAUAGAACCAAGCGCACCACCAGUUAAUGUCCAAGGACACGACAUAAGCUCCACCAGUAUAUGGGUAGACUGGGACACUGUUCCUGUGGCUGAUCAAAAUGGAAUUAUACUUAGUUACACGGUGACGUACACGGCGUUCCCUGGCGGUAUUCCACGGACGGCCGUAGUGAGUGCUCCAACCACCCACGUCACACUCAGGAGUUUGGAGGAAUACACUAACUAUAGCAUCUUGGUGUUUGCAUCUACUGUGAGAGGAGACGGAAAUGCCAGCGAUCCAAUCAUUGUUACCACAGACGAGGACAGUAAGUUG